AUUGUAGUGGGGACAAUCAAAGAAAUGUAUACGUUGCGAUGAGCGGCUUACAUCCAUUCGAAUAGUAGACAUCGAAGUGGCAAUAUGGAUUACAAAAUUGGAAAACUCAUCAACGAGGGGAAAACCAAAAGAAUUUACGAGCUGCCGGACGACGCUAAAUUAUGUUUGCUGGAAAGCAAGGACCGGAUUACGGCUGGCGACGGCGCAAAGUCUCACGAAUUGAAAGGAAAGGCGGAGAUUAGCACAUCCACCACUAUAAAGGUUUUCCAACUGCUUCAGCAAGCUGGCCUUCGCACAGCUUAUGUCAAAUCUGCUGGCCCGAAAUCUUUUAUAGCGAUAAAAUGCGAGAUGAUACCGAUUGAAUGGGUCACCAGGAGGCAGGCAACUGGUAGCUUUCUAAAAAGGCAUCCGGGAGUCCAAGAAGGCCACAGAUUCAAUCCGCCUCUGCAAGAGACGUUCUUCAAGGAUGACGCAAAUCACGAUCCGCAGUGGUCCGACGAGCAGAUCAUUUCCGCGAAUUUCCGUCUGAACGGCGUGACGAUAACGAAGGACGAGGUGGACAUCAUGAAACGCAUUACUCUCGUCGUCUUCGAGAUUCUUGAGAGAGCUUGGGCGGUGCGCAAUUGCGCUCUCAUAGAUAUGAAGAUUGAAUUCGGUGUGGAUUCAAAUGGGGAGAUUAUAGUUGCAGACAUUAUCGACAGCGAUUCCUGGAGACUCUGGCCUUCCGGAGACAAGAGACUGAUGAAAGACAAGCAGGUGUACAGGGAUUUGUCCAACGUAACGCAGCAGAGCCUGGAAACAGUAAAGUGCAAUUUUAAAUGGGUAAAUGAUGAGUUAGAUUAUAUCAUUCAAGCACCCAAUCCAGAGGUCAUUAUAUUCAUGGGCUCGCCAUCCGACGAAGCGCAUUGUAAUGAGAUCGCUAGACACGCUAUGCGUUUCGGUCUGAAACCACGACUUCGAGUCUGCAGCGCUCACAAGGGGACGCAAGAAACUUUGAAUGUUCUUGCCGAAUACGAGGGCAGCGGAAAAAACGUGGUGCUGAUAGCGGUAGCCGGUCGCAGCAAUGGUUUGGGCCCAGUGCUCUCCGGCAAUUCCGUGCUGCCUGUCAUAAACUGUCCGCCUUUGAAAUCAGACAACAUCGAACGAAGCGUUUGGUCUUCACUUGACGUUCCUUCAGGACUCGGCUGCACGACAGUUGUGCAUCCAGAAGGCGCCGCGCUCGCAGCGGCACAAAUCCAUGCAAUGCACAAUCAUAUUAUCUGGGCUCGCUUGCGAACGAAACAACUCGACAACUUCACAAGUUUAAAACAGGCCGAUAUUAAAUUGCGGUAGUGCGUCCAGUGUUACAAUCGUCGUGUUGAUAGGAAGUUGCGAGGUUUAGAUUUAACGUUAAUCAUGUACUACUACGCAUUAAUGAAGACAUCAAGACAAUCCGUUACUUCUUUAAGUCUCAUGAAUAUAUAUGCAACGCAAUUGUGAAGAGAACUGAUUUUUUUUUAUACAGCGUUUAGUGUAUUUAUUAAUUUUAGACUUUUUGUUACUUUCGAUUUGUCUUGCACAAACUGGUCGUCUGCAAUUUUUUCUUUCAUGAUAUUGCAUAUCAUCUAUUAUAUAUUUGCUAUGUAGAUUUAUAUACAAUUUUUAUCCUGCGGAAAAUAUCAGUAUGAUUGUAUUACAGAUUGCGUGAGAUACAACUGAAUUUAUCAAUGAUCGUGUUAGUUCUUUUGAUAUAUACUGUACUCUUGUUAAUUUUGGCAAUGCUUUAUUGGGUCCAAAUAUGUAAUAUUUAUCUGCUUCCACUGGAACAAACUUUCGAAUAAUGUGAAAUUGUUUAUACAAAUUUGAAUUAAAAAAAUGCAAUUUUGCA